AUAAAUAGAGCAGCAAGGAGGUUUAAUUCUGCACCGAUCAUCCUUUCUCCCCUAGUUUGGUAUAACUCUCCAAUGAAGCGAGUCUCCGUCCCCAUCCUCUUUCUGACCGUCCUCUUAUUGCUGUCUGUAGCAUUUGCACGCCAAUUAGGCGAAAAAGAAUAUGAUAAGGAUGCUGAUGUAGAUCAGUGGGGUGGGCGGCCGGGUUGGGGCGGCCGCCCUGGUUGGGGUGGCGGCCCUGGCUGGGGCCGACCAGGCUGGGGUGGCGGUCCUGGCUGGGGCCCGGGGCGCGGUGGUGGUGGCCCUGGAUGGGGUGGCUGUCGAUACCGCUGUUAUGGUGGUCGGUGCUGUUCCGCCACAGAGUUUGCUGAGUUUGUGCAAUCCCAAGGUCUUCCGCAGAACUAAUCAAGCGUCAGAUCCCUAUCCGUUUGAAUAAAUAAAUAAUGAUGGCCAUAUGAAUCAUCAUCAUGUGUGGAACGUACUUCUAAAAUGGAAAGAUAGAUUAUGCGGAUAGUGGAGAGAAUGAUGUUGUGGUUUGUUUCAUGUAAUGCGAGCCAAAAGCUUGUAUGAUCAUGUGUACGGUUGUGCUGUGUUAACUGUGCAAUGAAAUGCUAUGCAAUAUUGCUCUA